AUGGGUGAGAAAAGUCCUAAAGCAGUAAUAACAGACGGAGACCUUGCCAUGCGAGAUGCAAUCAAAAAUGUUCUUCCUGAUGCGACCCAUCUGUUAUGCGGAUGGCAUCUGCAGAGAAAUGCAUGUGAAAAUAUAAAGAAUCCGAAUUUUCUGCGUGAUUUUAAGGGUCUUAUAUAUGACAACAACGACCACAGAGACUUUGAUUGGAGAUGGGCAGCCAUUUUGGAUAAGCACAACCUUGUUGGGAGUACCUGGAUGGAAAAGACGGCCUUAAAGGAGUAUAGAAACAACGAAUUAAUAGCUGACUUUAAGACUCAGUGCUCAGAGCCAGUGAUGAUUACCUCGCUAGAGGUAUAUGAAAGAUCUGCAUCACGUUAUUUCACGCGUAACAUUUUCAAGGAAAUUCGUAAUGAGAUUCAGAGGGUAGGGGCUUUGAAUAUCAAUGUACUAAGCACAACCUUGGACAAGGUCGAGUUUAGUGUGACUGCUCUCAGAGACCCAGCCACAGAUCGACAGGUGGAAGUUGAUAGAAGUAAGAAUCUGUUCUCGUGCUCGUGCAUGCUGUUUGAAUCACGUGGUAUUCCCUGCAGUCAUGUCUUCUGUGCCAUGAAGUUUGAAAACAUACUUGAGUUUCCAGAUUCGUUGAUCUAUAAAAGGUUAACAAAGAAUGCGAAGAACGAAUUUAUUAGCAGAAAAAUGCGUGUGAAUGAUGACGUUGAAAGGGUCUUUAAGUUUCGAGUUGGUGCAUUGGCAUCGAAUUGUAACAAGCUGUGUGAUAUUGCUUGCAAGGAUCUUGCAGACUUUGAUGAAGUCCAGUCUGAACUUGUCAAUUUAGUUAUCCGCCUGCAGUCACGCAAACAAGGCAAGUCAACUCGUAAUGUUAAGUGGAAGGCAUCAACGAUCCCUUUGUUGUCAAAAGCAAAGGAGCCCCUUCCAAGAAGUCUUCUUGGAGGAAGAAGAGAGCAUGCUCUAAUUGCCACAAGUACGGUCAUUACUACAAGCGCUAUCUAG